AUGGCAGACGAGGUGAAGCCCAUUAGCCCGCUCAAGAACCUGCUGGCCGGCGGCUUUGGAGGCAUGUGCCUGGUGUUCGUGGGACACCCGCUGGACACCGUCAAGGUCAGACUGCAGACGCAGCCCCCAAGUUUGCCUGGACAGCCUCCCAUGUAUUCUGGCACCUUUGACUGUUUCCGGAAGACUCUGAUGAGAGAGGGCAUCAGGGGUCUAUAUCGGGGCAUGGCCGCCCCCAUCGUCGGGGUCACCCCCAUGUUUGCCGUCUGCUUCUUUGGGUUUGGUUUGGGGAAGAAACUGCAACAGAAACACCCAGAGGAUGUGCUCAGCUACCCCCAGAUAUUUGCAGCUGGGAUGUUAUCCGGAGUAUUCACCACAGGAAUUAUGACCCCUGGAGAGCGGGUCAAGUGCUUGUUACAGAUUCAGGCUUCUUCAGGAGAGACCAAGUACACUGGUCCUUUGGACUGUGCGAAGAAGCUAUACAAGGAGGCUGGGAUCCGAGGGAUCUACAAGGGGACUGUACUCACGCUCAUGCGAGAUGUUCCAGCCAGUGGCAUGUAUUUCAUGACAUAUGAGUGGCUGAAAAAUAUCUUCACUCCAGAAGGAAAGAGCGUCAAUGAGCUCAGCGUGCCUCGGAUCCUGGUAGCUGGGGGUUUUGCAGGAAUCUUCAACUGGGCUGUGGCAAUCCCCCCAGAUGUGCUCAAGUCCCGCUUCCAGACUGCGCCUCCUGGGAAAUAUCCUAAUGGUUUCAGAGAUGUGCUGAGGGAGCUGAUCCGGGAUGAAGGCAUCACAUCCUUGUACAAGGGCUUCAAUGCAGUGAUGAUCCGAGCCUUCCCAGCCAACGCGGCCUGUUUCCUGGGCUUUGAAGUUGCCAUGAAGUUCCUUAACUGGGCGGUGCCCAACUUGUGA